UACGUCUACAUGGCCAGUGACACUUUCUUUGUCAAUCUUUGUAUUAACAAUCCAAUAAUGUGACUGUAACACUGACAAGAACCACCGACGCGCCUGGUAGAUGUGGACAACAUCCCGUUUAGCACCGGACAGUCCGCGACAUGCAGGUCUGACAACUGUGCGGGAGCUGAUUGGCUAAAUUACAUGUCAGCUCAACGUCUGUGAAGGAGCUGUGCUUAAGACCUGAGUUCAAGCAGCGAGCCGUCUUUGUCCUGGUGCAGCUCCGAUAUGACUAAGAGAAGUCCGUCUCUCCAGCUGGUCAAGAGGAUGCUGAACCAUCACUGCAGACGGAACCCAGAGCUUCAUGAGGAGCUGCAGAUCCAAGCUGCGGUAGCUGCCGGCGAUGUCUGCACCGUCCGGCGAAUGCUGGAGCAGGGAUACUCGCCCAAAAUCCGCGACGCUAACGGCUGGACGCUGCUCCACUUCUCAGCCGCGAAAGGAAAGGAGAGAUGUGUGCGGGUCUUUCUGGAGCAUGGAGCCGACCCCACUGUGAAAGACUUCAUCGGGGGCUUCACAGCGCUUCACUACGCCGCCAUGCACGGCCGAGCUCGCAUCGCCCGACUCAUGUUGGAGUCAGAGUUCCGCAGUGACAUAAUCAACGCCAAAAGCAAUGACGGCUGGACCCCUCUGCACGUGGCGGCCCACUACGGCCGGGACUCAUUCGUACGACUCCUGCUGGAAUUCCGGGCUGAGGUGGACCCCCUGAGUGAUAAGGGGACCACGCCUUUACAGCUGGCCAUCAUCCGGGAGCGCUCCAGCUGCGUGCGCAUCCUCCUAGACCACAGUGCCAAUAUUGACAUUCAGAACGGCUUCCUGUUGCGCUACGCCGUCAUCAAGGGCAAUCACUCCUAUUGCCGCAUGUUCCUGCAAAGAGGGGCCGACACUAACCUCGGCCGCCUGGAAGACGGACAGACCCCGCUGCACCUGUCGGCCCUCAGAGAUGACGUGCUGUGCGCGCAGAUGCUCUACACGUACGGGGCUGACACCAACACCAGGAACUACGAGGGCCAGACGCCUGUCGCCGUCUCCAUUAGCAUGUCGGGAAUCAGCCGGCCCUGUUUGGAUUAUUUGCAGGAAGUCACCAGACAACCUCGGAGCCUACAGGACUUGUGCCGGAUAAAAAUCCGCCACUGCAUCGGCCUGCAGAGUUUGAAGUUCCUGGAGGAGCUUCCCAUCGCCAAGGUCAUGAAAGACUAUUUGAAACACAAGUUUGACAGCGUGUGAGUGCCGGGGACUUGAGCAGAGACUGGGAAGCUGUGGUCAUCUCAACAGACUAUGCAAUCACUUCUGCGUCUUCUACACAGGUUAGUUUUGUACAUCCACAUCCAGACCGCACACGAUUCCCUCUUGUUUGAAACGGAACAACCUCAACACCAUCGAAAGACCUUGAAGGACAAAGAGACUUUGUCAGUGGUGCACGACUGUCGCUCAGUGCCAGUUAUUUUGAUGUUCUCGGCAGCGGCCGUCCGUCGUUCAUCACCGUUGUUUUUUUCUCCACUGUUUUUGUUCAAUUGUGGUUGAACAUUGAAGCUGUUCAGUGACUCUUUAUCACAAUAUUCUAUCAGUUCUCACCAAACUAUUUGAUCGACCAUUGCUUCGGAGCACUCAGAGAUUGUUGUAGGACUCUGGUGAAGCGCGUUUUUUCAAAAUGAAUCGUUUACUUUUGGAAAGAAAGAGUUCAUUUUUCACAACAGGUUUUCUCAACUUCUUUUUACGUGCACAGUCUGCUUUAUAGAAGCGGUUUCUAGAAGAAGCAGAAGUUUCUUUUGCACAGUUAUUAUUUCCUGAUUAUUUAUACACAUAAUUGCCCCCCCCCCAACUUAAUAAAUCGUACAUUCAUAUUAGACUUGAGCGAUGGCUCUCAAUUCUCCAUUGGUGUAAAUACAACCAGAUAUUUUUCUACGCUUAAUUUAAUUUCUCUUUGUUGUGUUUCAACUUUUGUAACUCAACUCUUAAUUGUUUGAUGUGUUUCGAGUGUUUUUUCUUCUUUUGUGUGUCUGUGUGUCUGAGUCACACAACCUGUUGUAAAGGAAUGGUUUGCUAUCGAGUGUUAUUAUCCAUAACUCAUAAUUCUGUCCUUCAUGGCGGAGCACCAGCCCUCGCAGGCGUCUUUGUUGUGUGUUUUUGAUGACUGUGAAUCUCUCCCUUUCGUUCUCCGCCGAUAGUUUUCAUCAGGAAUGUGCCACAUCAGGCCUUUCUCCUUCGUGCUGUGUUGUUGUUUAUCGUUGGACUCGGACGUCCAUUCCGGCAUUUUUGUGUCAAUUUGGCUCCUCCCCCACCACUAAAAACACUUUUAAAUUCCAACAAUAAAUCGCUAACCUCCUCUUAUUUCAGUGUCUGCAUCCGUCACCUGGGAUCAGUAGCUUCUUCUCCGUUAUUGUUGCGUGACGUCUUGUAUGACGGGAAUCUCACGCAGACCUUUUGAUUGGAAGUCUCAGCUGCCAGUUUCCAUGUUGGGUCUUAUAUGUCUCCAAAUGUGUUUCAGAGCUCAAUCUGUGCCAGUUUCGUUGUUCAAAGUCUUUUUUUUUUGGCUAAAUUAGCUCACCAUUUCAUGAGCAAAACCAAAGUGAUCCGGAAAGCUGCAGGAAUAAUGGCCACAGUGGUGAAAGAUGAGCUUAAAAGUGCAACACAGUGCCACACAUAACUCAGAUCGAUUUAGAGGUUUUAAAAGCAGGGUCAUAGUUCAAAGUCACAAAAAUACUGAAACAAAAUAUGACAAUAAUAACAAUAUGGUUCCAGUGGCGACGACGCUGAGCGCGUGUAACCAGUGACAACAAGUGUCUUGGCUGCGAAACCCACUCUCAGACACAGGUACAAAUGAGUAACAAAAGCCAGCACUGACAAACCCCCCAAAAUCUCAACUCUCACCGCAAAACUGACACUAAUGUGGCAUCAUUCUGAAAAGCAGUGAGUAGUAACAACCCACACAGUCACAGAGGUCAACACGCGUGUGUGAGUGAUUGUUUGUAUUUGUCCUCCUUGAGCUCCAACAGUAUUAACGGCAUGUUUUGUGACGAUGAUUCAGUGUGAUGUGUUGCGUGGAAUGGCUUGAGAUGCAGCCACUGAAAUGGCGUUUCAGCAUUUCUGUUGUGAAAGGAAGCGAAGCCAUAAAGUCCUCAUCAGGCUCAACAUAACAAACCACCACCCACACAGUUGUUUACAGCUUAGCUCGGGAGGGAGCUGUUUGAAGUCCUACUGUUGCCCAUAUAUCUAUAUACCUAUAUAUGUUACGUUACGUGGCCAAUAUGAUGCUGAUUUCAGUCCGGUCCACUUCUACAUUCCUGGAGUCUCUGCAGCUGCAUGGCCUCACUCACAUGUUUACAUCCGCUGCAGCGGCGGUUUCGGAGGGAAGGAGUGUUUCAGACGUAGACUGCCUUCUCUGACCAGUUCCUCGUAGACUGGGUUCUUGUGUGGUGCCAGGGAAGUCUUCACUCUCACCUCAUGUGGCUCUCAAACAGCCCCAAGUCUUCCACGCCAUCAACUACUGAAUGUACAGAAUAUGCAGAUUUACAGAUGUUUAAAUGUCUAAAUAAAGUAAAG